UUAACAUCUAAUACGUUUAUCGGGAAUAAUACAAUUAUGAUCGUACAUAUUCUGCCUAAAUGAUAUUAAAGAAGCUGCAAAAAAUUUAUUUAAAAUGAACAAUCCACCUCAAAUAUUAAUUGAACCGAUAGUUGCAGAAAGGGAUAUAACAGAAUUAGCUGAAAAGGUGGAAGAUGUAAGAUCCCUAACAGUUCCAUUUUCCAAAUUUCUUAUUGACGUUGAUAAUGAUGCAGCGGAUGAUACUGUUAGUGUUGAUGGACAUAAUGAUAAUUCACCCUACAAUUCAAAAGAAGUCUACUUAAAUUUCUAUGAAAAUUAUUUUAACAGUUUGGAACACUCUUCCAGUUUUGGACAGACUAUCAUUGGAAAAAUAUUUAUUACACCAAUUAACAAAAAUCCUAUAGAUAACGAUCAAGAAAAACAAUUGGUUUGGGUACAAAUUUAUCAGAAAUCCAGUUCCCUUUCAUCAAAAUUGAAUUCACAAAAUGUAGACAUUCCAUCGCUUGUGAUAUUGUUAAAGUCAAAAACAAAUCCACGAAAUUCUCAGUAUAUACCUGACUUUUGUUCUCCUCCCUACAUGCGUUUGAAUUUAAAGCACACACGUUCACGUCAAAUUGAUGAAAAACGCUUUCAAAUAUAUACAAGAUGUGGUGAAGGCAUAACUAUACAAGCAGAAACAGCCGACGAGAACUCUGUGAACUUUUGGUUAUCUGUUUUUAAUCAAAAUACAUUAUGCACUGGUCCUUUAGAAUGUUUACGGACCUUAGUACCUAAACCCCAUUCAGCACCGAAUUCACCAAGACGAACAAGACGACGUGACAAUCUUUCCAUAAACUAUACCACUGACACUGUCAACAACAAUAAUAAUAAUAGUAGCAAUUUAUUUAACAAAACACCAGGAAACUCCUUAUCACGUACAUGUGUAUUCGAAACAUUAAGUGAAGUUCAAGAAAUUGAAAGUGAGGUGUAGUUUUAAGUGAUAAUGUUUAACUUUGCACAGAAUUUAAUACUGUAUUGUCCAUUCUUGUAUUGAUGUUCAUAAUUUUCUACUUGGAAAGUUUAUUUCUCAGUUCUGUGUGUUUUCAGUCUAAUUUUGUGACAGUUCUACGUACCAAUUUAUGUAUUACUGUAAGUGUAAACAUAAUUCACCAUUCCUUGUAAAAUUCCAUUAUCAUAUUUUAUACUUAUAAAAUCGUUGAUCAUAAUUUUGAAUACAUAUAAAGCAGUGGACGUUUGACCUGAUUUUUAAGAAAAAUUUUAAUAUACUUAUUAUGUGUGACAGAG